UUUCGUCUACUGACAGAGAAGAUGACUUCGAUUGUAUUUCAAUCAGCUAUUAUGCUAGUUUUAUUUAAUACUGUAACCAAAGCACAAUUACCAAAGGAAGAGGAUUGUGUAGAUAUACCCGCUAUUACAAAAUGUGACUGGCACAAGAUUUCUGGUAAAUGGUUUAUUCAAGAAAGAUUCGGUGAUACUUCUCAAAUAUCCUGUCCCGAACUGCAGAUACACCCAGUAGACAAGGAAAACGGAACACUUGACGUAUACAUAGGAUAUCUGAAUAACACGUCCAAAGAGUUUAAUGACCAUUUUUAUGGAGUAUAUUCACCCAGUUCUACUGAUUCAGGAAGAGCAGUAUUUGAAGCUGUUAGUGGACCAGCCAAAGAUCUAUACUUUCCAUUCACAGUUGUUGAUAUUGAUUAUGAAGAAUAUAUGCUCGUGUAUACUUGUAUUCCCCAUCCUAAAAGAACAGGAACAAAUUUAGAGUUUGUUAUCAUUUAUUCACGAAAACAAGAUAAACUGACUUCAGAUAUCAAGAAUCGUCUGUCAAGAAAACUGGACGAGUACGGUGUUAAUGCUAAUAAAUUCAGUUCAUUCGACCAGAGUAAAGGAACAUGUAAAGCAAAGACAGAAAAAGUAGAACUGUAACAGCUAUGAUCACAUAAUAGAUUGAG